AUGACCGGUAGUGAGCCCCCAACGGAGAAGGACGAAUCGCCCUCGAAGGUGUCUGUAGGGACAGCUAUCAAUAGCCCGCCAGAUGCGGAUACGGUCGCCCAUGUAGGGAUUUCGAAGCAUGGGACAAUCGAGCAUGAGGAGGAGACGGAUGACUUUGGUCUACCUGUGAAGAAGACACAGAGGUCGCCCAAUGACCCGCAUGACGAAGGUACUGGAUCAGAAGAUGGAGAGCCACAACCAAUAGGACAGCACUUCGAGGACGCUCCGGAAUCGCAGCCAGAACCUCCCACACAAGAUCACGUAGCCCACAAUGACGGAACCAUUGACCAGGAGCGCGAGAAGUCAGCUGAGUCGCUAGUCGAUGGCCAAGAUGACCAACCCUUGCCUAGCAAAACCGAAGAGAAGCCCCAGGAGGACUUCAAUACUCGAACUGUACCACCAGCUAUCGUGGAUAACCUCCUCCACGGGGGCGCCACUGGGGGCGCAUCAGGCUGGUCCCAUCAAGCGCUUGCCCCUCACAAGCCAAGAGAAGACCAUGAGCAGGAGGAGGAUUGGAAGGACAUGCCGGCCUUUGCGCCUUACGACAUUUACGAUGAUCACAAUAGGCUGGUAGCCCGGGAAGAGAAAGACUCUGAUGACGAAGAUAACGCAUAUGCCGGGCUGGGGGGUGCGGGGAAGGGCUAUACUCGGGUUCAGGUCGAUGAGGAUGCAAGAUCAGCUACGAGUAUGGAUGAUAAUACGAAUUAUUUAUUCAAGCCCAAGGGAACGGAUAUGGCAGAUGACGACGAGGAACAGAGAGACCCAUUGGCUCAGCUGCAGGCUACGAAAAACCUGCUCACGGAGGGACAAAGGAUAGCGUACGUGGGUGUAACGCGACUGGCAAUGGCAAAGAUGGUGAUGGAGCUGGAUGAAAUGGAGGGCACGAAAAACACGAAGAAGGGGCUCGCACUUGCGGCGGAAUCAAUGAAGAUGUGGAGUCAGCAGAUGAUGGUGAGGUUGUAUAUGCAUAUGGAGGUCGACUCGUCUGAACAAGUUAUGAUCGAGCAGCUCGCUGAGCAUGGCGUUGAGCCAGGGGAUCUGACGCCGACGCUGAUGCAGAAUGCGAGAGUGAAAAACCCUAUGGCUGAUGAGUCGCCUGCGGACAAAGAAUGUUUAGCCUCGCCGAAGCUCAAUGGCUACAAGCGAGCAUCGACAAGCUCGCUUUCCCUUAAUCCCUCAGACGAAAAGGUCGAGAAUCCAUUCACUGACAAAGAGGCUCUGGCUUCUCCGCAGCUCAAUGGCGAGGGGACUCAAUCAGUGAGCUCUCUCUCCGUCAAUUACGCGGACCAAAGGGCCGAGGACACCUCAGCUGGCGAUGAGUCGGUUGCCUCUCCUCAAGUCAAUGGCGAGUCUAAACGAUCGACAAGCGCUUUGUCAGGAAGUCGCUCAGAUGAGAGGGCGGAGACUUCUUCUUUACCUGCAUACCCAGAACAUGGCGGCAAAGAGAUGCCCGAGGUUCGUACUCCGUCACAGCUUGGGGUGUCAAGAAACAUCGACCUCGAUCUCCGCUGGACAGUGCUUUGCGACCUCUUCCUCGUCCUUAUCGCUGACUCAAUCUAUGACGCCCGCUCGAGGGCCCUUCUCGAGCGUGUAGGAACAUCCAUGGAGGUCUCAUGGCUAGAGAUUUGCCGCUUCGAAAAACGCGUUACUGAUUCACUGGAGAUGCAAGAAGCAGCCAAUAAGGAGACCUGGAAUGAAGCUGAGCACAUGGAGAAUCGAAGGAAGCAAGCCUUGAAGCGCAGGUACAUGAUGAUGGGCCUGGCUACCGUCGGUGGCAGUCUUGUCAUUGGGCUCUCCGCCGGCUUACUUGCUCCUGUGAUAGGUGCCGGCCUGGCUGCUGGAUUUACGACUAUAGGCGUUGCAGGCACAAGCGGUUUCCUCGCAGGAGCUGGAGGCACAGCUUUGAUCACUUCUGGGGCCGCUAUCUCCGGUGGAACUAUUGCUGUCCGAGCUUCCAAUCGAAGAACAGGUGCCGUUCAAACCUUCGAAUAUCGGCCUCUACACAAUAAUAAACGAGUGAAUUUGAUAGUUACCGUUUCUGGAUGGAUGCACGGAAAGAUUGACGAUGUCCGGUUACCUUACAGUACUGUUGACCCGGUCAUGGGAGAUAUGUACUCUGUGCUUUGGGAACCGGAGAUGCUGACAAGUAUGGGUGACACCAUCAAUAUCCUAGCAACAGAGGCUCUUACUCAGGGACUACAGCAAGUCCUUGGUAGCACCAUUCUGGUCGCUCUUAUGGCUUCACUCCAACUUCCCAUCGUUUUGUCGAAGCUUUCAUACCUGAUAGACAAUCCAUGGACCGUCUCCAUGGGUCGAGCAAACGCAGCCGGCCUUAUUCUGGCGGACUCGUUGAUUGACCGCAACCUUGGUGUCAGACCCAUCACACUCGUUGGCUUCUCCCUAGGAGCUCGAGUCAUCUUUGCCUGCUUACGAGAGCUAGCGGCCAGAGGUGCUUUUGGACUGAUCCAAAAUGUGUAUCUCUUUGGAUCGCCGAUCGUGAACAGCAAGGAGGAAUAUCUGCGGGCCCGAUGCGUUGUCUCCGGAAGAUUUGUCAACGGCUACGCUUCGAACGACUGGAUUCUUGGCUACCUCUUCCGUGCCACCUCUGGUGGUAUCAUGCGAGUAGCUGGACUUGCGCCUGUUGAGGGCAUCCGCGGCCUCGAAAACGUCGAUGUGACAAAGCUUGUCAAUGGCCACAUGGCAUAUCGAGCUGCUAUGCCCCGAUUACUCCGCGAAGUAGGCUGGGAAGUCGAGUCUGACGAGUUCACCGAAAUCGAAGAUCCAGACCCAGAAAACCAUGAAAAACGGCAACGUGAACUUAUUAAGGAAUUGGACGAGGCAAGGAAGGAAGCAGAGGUCAAGCCAGGAAAGAGACGAUUCGGUUUCUGGAAGAAGGGAAAGUUGGCGGAGAAGAAGGGCUGGGAGACUUACGAUGACAGCAUGAGGAAGAGCAGCGACGACUUCGGCACAGGUAGUGCUGAGGGCGGGAGUGUUCUAUUCGACAUUGAAGCUAUCAAAGCCGAAUUGGCUAGCGAGCAAAUCGAGGUCAAGCAGCUCGAGUCCACCUUACCGCCGAUGAAAGUAAGCCUCAAUGGUUCGGCCACAGAUGGGGGUAAACCCCCACAAAACCCGCACUCAAGUCUACGCGAAACCAAAAGCUAUGACGCGAGCAUGGCUAUGCGCCCCAAGAGCGACGCAGUUACUUCGCAGAACUCCGUUGAAAACAUUCCUCAACAGCGGGAAAACCCCUUCAACCAAGGCUACGACGAAUACAACCUUUCCGCUGAAGCAGUCAACCUGGACCAUCGAAGCCCAGGACAUAGCAAACUACCUUUCGAAAGCUCGGUCCACUCCCCUUCGCCACGGCAUUCUUCCCACUUCCCUACCGACUCGCGGGGUCGGAUAAUCUCCCCAAAACGAGAACCGAUCAACGAGGCACCAGCGCUUCAAAGCCCGCCACUGCGAACUUCUUCGACCAUGCCCCGCAGUGCGAGCACGAAUAACCCAGAUCUGGGAAUCGAGCACAACGCUUGGGCUGAUGAGGACGAUGAAGAUUUCGGGCGGGAAAAGGAAGUGAAGUUGACGUUCGGAUGA